AAGAGCUGGAAGGCGGUACUGAUGUGACACGCAUGGAAAAGAAAAGUUGAAGAGGCGGAUGAUAAAGAAAGCACUGUAAGCAGACACAUAACAGACACAUGAUUUUUAAGCAGAUUUUCGGUAUUGAAUAGAUCAAGUCUAUACGCCGGAUCAAUAGUUUUGACGCGCGAUGAUGCGUCAGUAAGCAGAUGCAGCAGGAUGUACACAGACAGACACUUGACCCAGAGAUCUCUACAUACUCCAUUAAACAGCUGAGGAGCUGGAGUCAUUGCCUCUGAAAGACCAUGAGUCUGGCGCUGCACGAGCUGCUGGUGUGCUGCCGAGGACUUGAAAACGAGAAAGCCACAGAGAGAAAGAAAGAGGUGGAUCGCUUCAGGAGACUCAUCCGUUCACCAGACACGGUGGAGGAACUUGAUCGUACGUCAGGAUGCAAAGGCUCCAAGCAGCUCACCUGGGAUGCUGUUUUCCGGUUUUUACAGAAGUUUCUUCAAAAAGAGACAGAACUUCUGCAGUCAGGAAAAGCCAACGUUUCCGCCACCACGCAUGCAAACCGACAGAAAAAGAUGCAGGAAAUUAGCAGCCUGAUGAAGUAUUUCAUCAGAUGCGCCAACCAGCGCGGUCCAAAGUUAAAGUGUGCAGAGCUGAUUUCUCAUGUGGUGGAGGUCUUACAGAGUCCGUUCAGCUGUGCGGCGUAUGGCGAGGACUACAGCAGUAUUCUGCUAAAGAACAUCCUGUCUGUCCGUAAAUACUGGUGUGAGAUGAGCCAGCAGCAGUGGCACAGUCUUUUGGAUUUGUACUGUGGGUUGUUCAAUAAGGGAUCCAAGUCAGGGACCAAUAGAGUCCAAGUGAGUCGCAUCGUCUACACGGUCGUUUGGGGCUGUUGUGUCCAAACAGAGGGAUUAUCCCACACUCUCUUUAACUUCUUCCUGAAGGCUCUGAAAAGGCCGGAUGGACAGCUAAUGAUUCUGGAGAACCUGGUAUCUGCUGUGAACGUUUUUCUGCACUCAGUGCUUCUGUCCAACAGAAAGAGGGUGUGUGGUCUGGGUGAGGAGGUUCUGUCGUCUAUGCUGCGUGUUUAUACUGAGAUGAGACCCAGCUUGGUACUGAAAGAGGAGCUAGUGAAGUUUUUCCACCUCCAGCUUUGUGUUCAUCACCCCAGAGGGGCAAAGACUCUUGAGACAGGUGCUUAUGCAGAAGACUGGGUCAGAUGGCAGGGUCAGCUCUGCACCCUCUAUGAUGCUCUUGUCAGUGAGAUCAGUCAGAUCGGCAGCAGAGGGAAGUAUGCCACCGGCUCUCGUCACAUAGCUGUGAAAGAAAGUCUCAUUGAACUGACAGCUGAUGUCUGCCACCAGUUGUUCAAUCAAAGCACUCCUGUUUCGGAAGCGACUACUUCUUUCUGUCGGGAUACUCAGCGGGACAGUCCGCAGUGCUGCAAACGCAGACGAAUUGAGCCAUCACUGAUAAAUUGGGAGGUGAUACGUUCCAAACUGCAGCCCCACCACAGCGACUUUGACAUGAUUCCCUGGUUACAGGUCACAGCUGCUCUGAUAUCCAGAUACCCGUCUAUCCGGUGUGCUGAUGAUCUCGUGCCUCUGCUGGGGCUGCUCUGCCAGCUUCAGGGUGAACAGCAGCGUCGGGGCGAGAGGGGGCCGUACGUCCUGCGCUGUCUGAGGGAGGUGGCGCUCUGCCAUGCCAAGAGCUCAGCCAACUGCUCUGCUCACGCAGCUGAGGCGGGCCGUCUGUGGGGCAGAGUUUGGGCUCUGGCUCUGCGGGGAGUCGGCUCAGUCCAGACCGGGAGCUUGUGUCUGGAGCUGUUGCGUAUCAUGGUGCAAGAAUCUCUGGUGCCUGUUGAUAGAGAGUUCUGGAAAGUCUUCUCUGGUGCUGUUUGUAAGCCCUCUCUCGUUGGUGCCCUCUGCUUGGCCCAGGCCUUGUUGAAGUGCUCCAUCCCUAAAAGUGUUCACAAUCAAGACGUCACCAGUGGAGGGCUGAUGGAGACGGGUGGAGAGCCGCCCACUCUGACCGACUCAAUCAUCAGCUGGCUGGUCAUGAACGAACAAAAUGAGGAGACGGAGGAGAACAGCAGACCUCACCUCAUUAUCACCAGGGAUUUUCCACUGAACCUCAUUCCUAGAAUUCUGGUCUCUUUGACACUGAAAGACAGCAGAGCAGGACUGAUGUUUCUGAUGGGCAGCCUGAAGCCAGAGAGCCAUGCAUUGGUUCAUGAAUUUAGUCACUACAUAUCGAUGGCCAAGAGCAAACUAAGUGAGAAUGAUACCAUCAAAGCAAUUCAGUCAGUGAUGCUGUUGUGCUCUGAUAGUAUUAGCAGAAGAGAAAAGGAGGACGGAAUUUCCACCACUUCUCGCAAUUUAUUCAUGAAGACUUUGCCUGUGAGGUUGCUAAAUGACAUGUGUGACAUAUCUAAACAACUGUUAAGCAACUCGAGUAAAAAGGACAACACAGUCAUGGAGAAUGACCCCAUGGAUGAAGAUAUGGAUAUGAGCAGAACCCAAAUGGACGGUCGGGAGGAGAUUGAUCUGUUUGAAGAUGGAGAUGGGGCACACCACAGCACUUUCAGACCUCACCAGUCUAAUGAAGAAGCUGCUGAUUCAAAGUACACAACAGGGACCAAGAGUGCAUUAUCUGAGGAACAUUUAUCCAGACAAGACUUGGCCUUCCUGUCUGUGCUUGGUUUCCUGUCACUAUGUGCAUCUUCAGAACUCAAUGGUGGAUUCUCCUUCAAACCUCUGGACACCCAACGCAAAUUGCUCAAACUGUUGGACCUCAUAGACUUCUCUCAGAUGCUUCACCUCCACAUGUAUCUUUCAUUGCUGAAGAAACUCCCAGCAGAAAUCACAUCUCUGGAUCCUGAAGAAUUUGAUACUCUUCUAAGGCCUCUGGCAGAUAUUUGUUCUCUAUAUCGGCAAGACCAGGAGGUGUGUGCUGCCAUCCUGUGCUCUCUUCUGCCGUCCAUCCGCUGUCUGGGCCGCACUCCUUCUGUGAGCGAGCAGGAAGAUGAGAUGUCACAUAUAAAAGGAGCUCUGCUCAAAGUCAUAUCAGGAUUCUGCAUCUUAGGUAAAUCUGGCAAAUGUACUUCAGCUGUGAGAGUGGCACUAAGGCAAUGUUUACUGGCUUUGCUGGAGGUGGACCCAUGCUGUAAGUGGGCGGAGCUAACACUGCGGGAGGCGGAGCUACCGGUGUCUGUGGUUCUCUCCUCUCAUUUAGCAGAUGCCCAUCACCAUGUGUGUAUGUUGGCAGCACUGUCCGUGGAGAGCUUGUUCCUUAAAAAAGGACCGGAUGGCAGUGGGAAGAGGAUGCUUCCUCUAAAGAACCAGCAGAUGGCCUUUGAGAAUAUUUACCUCAAGGCUCAGGAAGGAAUGAGGGGGCAGAAAAACUGUCCUUCAGAAGACUUACCUGACGAGACCUUUAAUCGACGGGCAGUCUUGCUGAAAAGUGUCUCGAUGGUGAUGUCCUGCAGUCCUGUGUGUGAGAAGCAAGCCCUGUUUGCACUCGUUCAGUCCUACAAGGAGAACAGCAUUGAUGAGCAGCUAAUCAAAAAGCAAAUUGACGGUUUGAUUUGCAACAACCUGGCUGACAUUGUGGUGGAGCUGUUAAUGACGCUGCAUGAGACAGAAGGGGCGGCAGCGGGUGGAGGAGACCUACAGAAAUUUACUGGAGAGUUGGAUCCUGCUCCAAACCCACCGUUCUUCAGCUCAUAUGUGAUCAAAGCCACGCUGGACUACCUGAGCAAAUGCCACAGUGCCAAUCACAAGUCUCUGGUCGCCAUCCUGUCCAAGACUCCUAUGUCCAUUCAGAAGAUUCUCAUAGCAAUCUGUCAGAAGGCUGCUGAGACCACCAACGGCUAUGAGAGGCACCGCAUACUUAUGAUGUACCACCUGUUUGUCAGCCUGCUGCUCAGAGAGGUGAAGGACGGGCUGGGCGGAGCCUGGGCGUUUGUGCUGCGUGACAUCAUCUAUACGCUCAUUCACCACAUCAACAGCAGGUCAUGUCAGCAGGAUGAGGUGUCCACUCGGAGUCUCUCCCUGUGUUGUGACUUGUUGUCCCUGGUCUGUCAGACAGCUGUUCAGUACUGUGAUGAUGCUCUAGAGAGCCACCUGCAGGUUAUUGUUGGUACUCUCACAGCACAGGUCACUGAUCAGUCUGCCAUAUCUCAGCAGGUCCUCAGUCUACUAAGGUUCCUGGUAAUUGAAAACCCGGAGAACAGCAUGUUGAGAAAUUCCAUACCCCUAUUGGAGCCUUUUCCUGACCGAGCACGCUUUAGAGAUCUGAGAGCCGCCCAACACGCUCUCAAAUACAGCUCAGGAGCCUUCACUCUCAGACAGGAAAUUGAGCAUUUUCUGUCUGUAACAUCUUGUGAUUCUUUGCCCCUGGCCCGUUUGGAGGGGUUGAAAGAUCUAAAAAGGCAACUUCACAGCCAUAAACAGCAGAUAGGACAACUCUUGAAAGAAUGCCAUGCUGAUCCUGCCAGCUGUAUUUUGGUGAAGCUGGUUCUUAACCUUCUUCAGCUUUGCAAAAUCGCAGCUAACCAUCCUGGUGGAGGAGACAUCUUGAAGGCUGCUGGCCGGUGCCUAGGAGAACUUGGUCCAGUUGACUUAUCAUCCAUUGCUUUGCACCAUGGGAAAGACCAGCUGUAUGCUAGAGCAGCCGAUUUGUUCCCUGACGUUCCUUUUCAGUGGAUCUUCAUCAUCCUGAACUGCAUGGACAAUGCACUUACACAUCACAGUAUUGCAGUGCGUCAGGCUGCUGGCAUAUGUCUGAAGGACAUAUUGGCCACUCAGUGUGGGAUUGAAUUUGGGGAAAUGUAUAAAAGCAAAAGGGACCCUUUGCUGGCAUACCUAAACCCCUUUCGCUCUGCCAAGAAACGGGAGACCAUUGUGAGUAUGGAAGUGACCUCAGAGUCCAGACAUAGGCUGGACAAUGCUGAACUCUGGUUAGUGCAACCUGGUGGACACAAGGACUGGUUAAAGAACCUGUGUAUGGCCCUGUUAGACAGUGGAGGUGUCCGCAAUGAGGCUCUGCUUCUCACCAGGCCUUUAUGUGAGGUAAAAACAGAAUUUUGUCAGAGGAUGCUGCCACUCUUUGUUCAUGAUAUUCUUCUGGGAGAUGUGGAUGGUUCCUGGAGACAGCUGUUAUCCACAAACAUCCAGAGUUUCUUCAAUCAGUGCCGCAGACCCUCCACACCCACCAGCCGCCCCACCACCCCCAUGCUCUCUGAUUCAGGGAACAGUAUUGAUGUUGGCAACCAGAGCCAGAUAGACAAAACCUCACUCCGCAGCAUGAUGGCAGUCAUAGACUAUCUCAGGCAACAGAGCCGCCCAGUGGCACCUGGAAGUCAUGAAUAUGGGACGGUGUGUGAUUCAAAUUUUUGGCUGGAUCUAAAUUAUCUGGAGGUGGCUGGAGCCGCUCAGAUGUGUUCUGCCCAUUUCACUGCUCUCCUGUACUCUGAGAUCUACGUGGACAAGAUCAGAUCCGACAUGGAGCAGAUCCAAAGGCCACAGUCUCGAGUGUCGAGACGGAUCACGUUUGAGGAGAGCAGCCAGACACUGUCCAUCAGCAGUGUGAAUGAAAAGAGUUUAGAAGACUCUGGCAUCAGUCUCCAGGAUCUUCUGAUUGAAGUGUACAGAUGCAUUGGAGAACCUGACAGCCUGUAUGGAUGUGGAGGAGGCAAGUUAAUCAGUCCUCUGACUAGAAUUCGAACAUAUGAACAUGAGGCCAUGUGGGACAAGGCUUUGGUUUCAUACGACCUCCACUCCAACCUCCCAGAGGUCACACGGCAGACCGGCAUAGUAGAGGGUCUGCAGAACUUUGGUUUGUGUAGUAUUCUAAACACGUAUCUUCAUGGGCUGGAGAAAGAAGGGGUGGAGUGGGGUCCUGAACUUCGAGAGCUACGCUUUCAGGCGGCGUGGAGAAACACACAGUGGGACUGUGACCUGCCUGAGAGAAAUGAGAAGCUGAAGCCUGGCAUCAACGAGUCCUUGUUCAAUGCCGUCCAGGCUUUGAGAGAUAGAGAAUUCUCCCUAUUUGAGCAAACCCUCAACUACGCCAGAGGUCAUGAGGUCGAGGAGUUGUGUCGUGGUAGUCUGGAGGCCGUGUCUUCACUCUAUCCAGCUCUCUGUAACCUGCAGAGAAUUCGUGAACUCCAGAGUGUCGAGGAGCUUUUCUCCAGGCCUGUAACUGACUCCAGCCUUAAUGAAGUGUACAGGAAGUGGCAACAGCACUCCGAUCUCUUAACUGACAGUGAUUUCAGCCUGGUCGAGCCCGUCUUAGCCCUGCGCUCCUCCAUACAAGAAACAUUGAUUUCCUCAGAGACAGAUCCAGACCGGAAGAACUACCUGAUUUCUUCCUAUUCCUCCCACCUGAUGGAGCUGUGCAAGCUGGCUCGUUCUGCAGGCCACACGCAGCUGGCAGAGCGGGCAGUUUUCCACAUGAAGCGGCACAGCCUGGUAGCUGGCGGUGGUGGUGGCAGCAGCUCAUGGGCCUGGCAGCUGGAGGAGGCGCAGGUGUUCUGGGUGAAGAAGGAACACGGGCUGGCUCUGGGGCUGCUCAAACAGAUGAUCCAUAAACUAGAGGAUCUGGUGUGUGUGAACCCUGCUGUGGUGCCGGUGUAUUCGGAGUGCUUGAGACUGUGUGGAAGCUGGCUGGCUGAAUCCUGUCUGGAGAGCCCUGCUGUCAUACUGGAGAAAUAUCUGGAGAGGGCUGUGGAGGUCAUUGAGGACCACUGUGGCGAUUCAAACGCUAAACUUCAGAGCCAGAAGACCCAGGCUUUCUUUUCGCUUGCCCGUUUCUCUGAUGCACAGUAUCAGAGCAUCGAAAACUACAUGAAGUCAUCGGAGUUUGAGAACAAGCACGCUCUUCUGGAAAAGGCCAAGGAGGAAGUUGACCUGAUGCGGGAGAGGAAGGUCAGCAACAACAGAUACACAGUGAAAGUUCAGAGGGAACUAGAGCUGGAUGUCAAGGCACUGGCUAACCUGCAGGCCGACCGCAACCGCUUCCUCCUCAAAGCUGUGGAGAACUACAUUCAGUGCCUGGAACUGGGAGAGGAACAUGACACCUGGGUCUUCAGACUGGCCUCCCUCUGGCUGGAGAAUGCUGAUGUCAAAGCUGUAAAUGAAAUGAUGAAGCGUGGUGUAAAGCAAAUCCCAUCAUAUAAGUUCCUGCCCCUGAUGUAUCAGUUAGCGGCUCGAAUGGGCACCAAAGUGUCCAGCUCUGUGACCUCACAAGACGUGGGAUUCCAUCACGUUCUAAAUGAGCUGAUCUGUCAGUCAUCUCUUGACCACCCCCACCACACUCUCUUCAUCAUCUUGGCACUGGUCAACGCCAACAAGGAUGAGACUUUCUCUCGCAGUCGUUCGUCCAAGAGCACUGCGCGCCAACCUUCACCUCUGGACCUGGAACGGGCUAAUGUCGCUCGUAAGAUUAUUGACGUGGUUCGUAAAAAGAGAGCCAAGAUGGUUAAAGACAUUGAGAUGCUUUGCAAUGCCUACAUCACUUUGGCAUACAUGGACGCCAGUCGCCAUAAAACUGAAAAGAAAGCCAUACCUAUUCCUCCUGAACAACCCAUCAUGCAAAUCAAAGACCUUGAUGAUGUCAUCAUUCCCACCAUGGACAUCAAGGUGGAUCCAUCAGGCAGAUAUGAAGACCUUGUGACUAUCAGCUCGUUCAAACCUCACUUUCACUUGGCUGGAGGCGUCAACCUACCCAAGAUAAUCGACUGUGUGGGUUCAGACGGCAAGAGCAGGAGACAGCUAGUCAAGGGUCAGGAUGAUCUGAGGCAGGACGCAGUCAUGCAGCAGGUCUUUCACAUGUGCUCCACCCUCCUGCAGCGCAACGCAGAAACUCGCAAAAGGAAACUCAACAUCCGCCGGUACAAAGUGGUGCCGUUUUCCCAGCGCAGUGGUGUUUUGGAGUGGUGUUCUGGCACUGUGCCCAUUGGAGAGUUCCUGGUCGACCCACAGAAGGGGGCGCACAAACGCUUCCGCACACAGGACUGGCCCAAUAUGUCCUGUCGCAAGAAAAUGAUGGAGGCUCAACGGCUGGAAUUUGAUGACAAACUGCAGGCUUUCACUGAGGUGUGUCAGAACUUCCGGCCAGUAUUCCGAUACUUCUGCAUGGAGCGCUUUCUGGACCCUGCGGUGUGGCUGGAGAGACAGCUAGCGUACACCCGCAGUGUGGCCACCUCUUCUAUUGUUGGUUACAUCGUUGGCCUGGGCGAUCGGCACAUUCAGAACAUUCUUAUCGAUGAACAGACUGCAGAACUGGUCCACAUAGACCUGGGUGUUGCGUUUGAGCAGGGCAAAAUCUUGCCCACCCCUGAGACGGUUCCCUUCAGACUGUCUCGAGACAUUGUGGAUGGGAUGGGCAUCACAGGGGUGGAGGGCGUCUUCAGGAGAUGUUGUGAGAAGACGAUGGAAGUCAUGAGGAGUUCUCAGGAAGCCCUGUUGACCAUUGUUGAGGUGUUGCUGUACGACCCUCUGUUUGAUUGGACCAUGAACCCUCUGAAGGCCUUCUACCUGCAGCAGCACGACGAGCAUGCAGAGCUCAAUGCCACACUCAACCCCACGCCAGGAGAUGAGAUCGACGCCCACCGCAAGGCCAGCAGCAUGCUGUCUCUACUGUACACAUCUGCCUACUACAGUAUCCCAUGA